CGCGGGAGGCCAGGUCUGGCGGGACGCGUCCUUCCGUUGCCCCGGUCCCGAAGCCUGUCCUCUCCCUGCGCCCCCCCCCCUUUCUCCCGAGCCCCUUCUUCCCUUCCCCGUGGUCCCCGCGGCGUUCCCCCUCUCGCUCGCUCCGCUCUCCUGACCCCUGCCAGAGCCCAGCAUCAGCCUUGACCCUUUAUCCCUCCGGGAGCCCCCACCUGUGCUCUCCCCCGAGCAGAGGCACCUGUGAUGCCGGAGAAACCGAGGCGGGCCCGAGAAAGAUAAACAUGUUCACUUCUCGGAUUUAUACCUUAGUUUUAGUGAUGAAGCCUCAGCAAAUUCUUUUAGGAAUGAAGAAACGUGGCUUUGGAGCUGGAAAGUGGAAUGGAUUUGGGGGGAAAGUAGAAGAUGGAGAGACUAUUGAGGAAGGAGCCAAGAGGGAGCUAUUGGAGGAGAGUGGACUGACUGUGGACACUCUACAGAAGAUAGGAAAGAUCACAUUUGAAUUUGUAGGUAAUACCGAGUUAAUGGAUGUUCACAUCUUUUAUGCGGAUAGUUUCCAUGGGACCCCAAAAGAAAGUGAUGAAAUGCGCCCCCAGUGGUUCCAGUUGGAGCAAGUUCCCUUUAGUGACAUGUGGCCCGAUGACAGCUAUUGGUUUCCACUAAUGCUCCAAAAGAAGAAAUUUCAUGGAUAUUUCAAAUUCCGGGGACAAAAUACAAUUCUAGACUACAGACUGAAUGAAGUGGAAAUUGUCUGAAAAAAAGAAAGAAAUCAGUGCCUUUAAAAACAUGUGGCAUACUUGGCUAGGGAAGCUGGCUAUUGUACAGCCUUAUUUCAGCUAUGUGUAAUUUAAGCAGAAGGUUUCACUGUAGUUUUUAAGGCAAUGUAAAUCUCAGUAUUUGUUUGGGGAACAAAAAGAAGCUCUAAAAGCUGAAAUUUGCUUAUAAUAAUACAUGUCACAUAAUGAGGACACCCUCAAAUAUGGACCAUUGUCAGAAAAACAUUUUGGUUGUAAGGAAGAAGUGACAAGUGUGGUGCUGCUUCAUGGUGUAGCACUUGUCAGUGAAGUGUAUUAACAGUCCACACUAGGGGGCAAUAGCCACUACAGAAAAGUGGGAUGUUUCCACAUUUUCUGGAACCAUAAAGUCUUUUUCUUUCCUGCUAAAGAUUCUGAUAGAUAAUGUAAAAUGACAUGCCUUGUGAUUUACAAAAUUCUGACUGGAUUCUUACUGACCUUACUAAAUUGAGAGACUAUUUCAAAAACACCCCCUGGAAUUCCUACAAGGAGCUAGUCUGAACCUCCUGUUCUUCAAGAAGACAGUAACUAUCUGCUUCUUUGAAAGGGUAAUCUUUCCUCAUCUAAUCCCAAUAACAUUUUACCAGAUUAUAAAAAUAAUAAUACAAGCUCAUGUUUACAAAGUUUUUUAUAUUUUACAAAUAAUUUUUACAAACAUCUUAUUUAAUCUAAAAAAAUCACCCUAUGAUGCACUCCUAUUUUACACAGUACACUGGGGCUCCCAAGGGUGAAUGAUUUGCCACGGUCAUAGGUCUGGAGAAGGGGAAGGGCCCAGCACUGAGAACUUGGGUCUGCAUCUUUACCUGGUACUGCCUUCACAUAAUUCUACAGAAAGUAGGUAUUCUACAGAGAAAGUUGAACACACACAGUUACUUAAACCUUUUAUAUACCUCUUACAAAUACAUUUAAUAACAUUUGUUCAUAUAUGUGUUUUAUUGAUAAAAGUUUGGAGUGUAAUCAUUUGUAAACAUUUUCCAGUUCAUCAGCUGUAGUAAUAACUAGCUCCUGCAAUUUGAUAAAGUGCUUCAUACAUGAAACUUAGUACAGCAAAGCAAAAGAAAUGGUAAUUUAGCCCAAAAGAUUUUCAUUUUAGUCAAACCAGCUUCGCACUCAUUCCUCAGGUUUUCUAAGAUGAGUAGAAUGUUAAUUAAGGUUUGUGUUUCCCCUCCCCCCAGGUAUUAUUAAAUAAACCUAAGCUGCUAAAGAAUGGGUGGGAUCUAAGACAGAACCAUUAAGAACCAUUUAAUAUAAAUUUUUACAUGUGUAACUCAUGAUU